GCCACGUGACCCGCCCGCCUCAGGAGCCGCGGAGCGUUCGCUCUGCGGGUCUGGUUGACGUGGAGGGCCGGAGGCGUCGGCAGCCCGCGUCUGAGGCUCGCGGGCUGCGGGCCCGGGUGAGUGCAGACCCUGCGCGCGGCGGGGCUCACGGAAGCGUCUGCGCGUCCCGCCGCAGCCGAGAUGCCCGGGCAUCGGGGCGCUCCACACCUCCCUCCGUGGGUGUGUGGACUGUGCAGCAUGGAUGACUUUGCUGAGGGAGGUCUCAGUUUGGCAGAUGAUAUCUUACUGGAAGAUUACCCUUAUGAGGAUGACUGUAUCUGUACUCCUGACUUUACCACUGACGAUUAUGUUCGAGUAACCCAGCUUUACUAUGAAGGCGUGGGUAUGCAAUAUAAAGAUUAUGCCCAAAGUGAGAAAAAUUUAGAAUAUGACAUCUGCAAUAUCUGGUGCAGUAAGCCACUCUCCAUCCUGCAAGAUUACUGUGAUGCCAUUAAGCUGUACAUCUUCUGGCCACUUCUUUUUCAACAUCAACACAGUUCUAUAAUAUCAAGAUUGCACCCCUGUGUAGAAGCCAUCCGUUCUCGUGCUGCUGAGAUAAGUUUGAAGAAAUUACAACAUCUUGAGUUGAUGGAAGACAUUGUGGAUUUGGCAAAGAAAGUUGCAAAUGAUUCAUUCCUUAUUGAAGGCUUAUUGAAAAUUGGUUAUAAAAUAGAAAAUAAAAUCUUGGCAAUGGAAGAUGCUUUAAAUUGGAUAAAAUACACGGGUGAUGUAACAAUUCUACCUAAAUUAGGAUCAGUUGACAAUUGCUGGCCCAUGCUAAGUAUUUUCUUUACUGAAUAUAAGUACCAUAUUACUAGAGUUGUAACUGAAAAUUGCAACUUGCUAGAAGAAUUUAGAAGGCAUAGUUGCAUGCAGUGUGUGAAGCAAGGAGAACUCAUGAAAAUGAGAGGAAAUGAAGAGUUCUCAAAGGAAAAGUUUGAAAUAGCUGUUAUUUAUUACACCAGAGCCAUUGAAUAUAGACCUGAAAACCAUCUUCUUUAUGGUAACCGAGCUCUCUGUUUUCUUCGUAUGGGGCAGUUUAGAAAUGCACUUAGCGAUGGAAAGAGGGCCAUUGUUUUGAAGAACACCUGGCCAAAGGGUCAUUAUCGUUAUUGUGAUGCUCUUUGUAUGCUGGGGGAAUAUGACUGGGCCCUGCAAGCAAACAUAAAAGCUCAAAAACUCUGUAAAAAUGACCCUGAGGGAAUCAAGGAUCUAAUUCAGCAGCAUGUAAAGUUACAAAAACAAAUAGAAGACCUACAAGGUCGGACAUCAAAUAAGAAUCCAAUUAAAGCUUUUUAUGAAAGCAGGGCUUACAUACCUAGAAACUCAUCAGCACCUGCUUUUAGGACAUCACUUAACUUUGUGGAAACAGAAAGAGGUUUCAGAAAAACUAAGUACAAAAUGGCAAAUGGUGGCGAUCAGAAUCAAAAGGUGGCAGAUGAGGCUUUGAAGGGGGACGAUUGUGACUGUCAUCCUGAAUUUCUGCCACCUCCAAGUCAGCCUCCAAGACACAAAGGAAAACAAAAAUCACGAAACAAUGAAUCAGAAAAGCCCAGUUCUAAUUCAGAAGUGAGUUUACAAGUAGAUUUGAAAAGCAUUUUGGAGAAACAGUUUUCAAAAUCUUCCAGAGCUGCACACCAGGAUUUUGCUAACAUCAUGAAAAUGCUAAGGAGCUUGAUUCAGGAUGGGUACACGGCCCUGUUAGAGCAGCGCUGCCGCAGCGCUGCCCAGGCCUUUACAGAGCUGCUCAAUGGUUUAGACCCUCAGAAAAUAAAGCAAUUGAACCUGGCCAUGAUUAAUUAUGUAUUAGUAGUCUAUGGACUUGCCGUUUCUCUCCUUGGAAUAGGACGACCAGAGGAGCUGUCUGAAGCCGAAAACCAGUUUAAGAGGAUUAUCGAACACUAUCCCAAUGAGGGGCUGGACUGCUUGGCCUACUGCGGAAUAGGAAAAGUGUAUUUGAAAAAGAACAGAUUUCUCGAAGCUCUUAAUCACUUUGAAAAGGCAAAGACUUUAAUUAGUCGUCUCCCUGGAAUUCUAACUUGGCCCACAAGUAAUGUGAUUAUUGAAGAAUCUAAGCCAGAAAAAGUCAAGGUGAUGUUAGAGAAGUUUGUUGAAGAAUGCAAGUUUCCCCCAGUGCCAGAUGCUGUUUGUUGCUAUCAGAAGUGCCGUGGAUAUUCUAAAAUUCAGAUUUACUUAACUGAUCCAGACUUUAAGGGUUUUAUACGAAUUAGCUGUUGCCAAUACUGUAAGGUAGAAUUUCAUAUGAACUGCUGGAAAAAGUUAAAAACAACAACUUUUAAUGAUAAAAUUGACAAGGAUUUUCUACAAGGAAUCUGUCUCACUCCCGAUUGUGAGGGAAUCAUUUCUAAGAUUAUCAUCUACAGCAGUGGAGGUCAAGUUAAAUGUGAAUUUGAACACAAGGUCAUAAAAGAAAAGGUUCCUUCAAGACCUGUUCUGAAACAGAAAUGUUCCAGCCUAGAGAAGUUAAGACUGAAAGAAGACAAAAAAUUGAAGAGAAAGAUCCAAAAGCAAGAGGCAAAAAAGUUAGCACAAGAAAGAAUGGAAGAGGACUUAAGAGAAAGCAAUCCACCUAAAAAUGAAGAGCCAGAAGAAACCUCAGACAGUGCUCAGCGUUGUCAGUUUCUUGAUGACAGAAUCCUGCAGUGCAUAAAGCAGAAUGCUGACAAGAUUAAAUCUGUUGUAUUGAAUACAUCCACGCUUCUCAAAGAGCUGCUCUCUUGGAAGGUUCUGAGCACGGAAGACUAUACAACAUGCUUUUCUAGCAAAAAUUUUGUCCAUGAAGCAGUGGACUAUGUUAUCGGUCACUUGAUCCAAGAGAAGAACAGAGUAAAGACACGGAUAUUUCUGCAUGUUUUGAGUGAGCUUAAAGAGUUAGACCCCAAGUUGGCUCCCUGGAUCCAGAGACUGAAUAGUUUUGGCUUGGAUGCCAUAGGACCCUUUUUCACUCGGUACGGAGCAUCUCUCAAGGAGCUUGAUUUCCACGUCGUGACUGUCCUCUGGGAUGAGAAGUACGGCCAUAAACUGGGCUCUAUAGAAGGAAAGCAGCUUGAUUACUUCUUUGAGCCAGCAUCGGCAAUGGAAGCACGCUGUUUAAUAUGGCUUCUGGAAGAGCACAGGGACAAGUUUCCGGCCUUGCACAGUGCCUUAGACGAGUUCUUUGAUAUAAUGGACAGCCGAUGCACUGUACUAAGGAAGCAAGACAGCGAUGAAAUGCCGUUUGGUUGUAUCAAGGUAAAAAACAAAGGCAAGAAAAAGAAGCCAAAAGAUUCAAAGCCAAUGUUAGUGGGAUCUGGAGCUGCAUCAGUAGCACCGAGCAGUGAGGCUGUCACUCCAGAAGACCAUAGCAGGCGCAAUUCAGAUUCUGCAGGACCAUUUGCAGUGCCUGACCACCUUCGGCAAGAUGUGGAAGAAUUUGAAGCUCUUUAUGACCAGCACAGCAGCGAGUAUGUUGUCCGAAAUAAGAAGCUCUGGGAUAUUAACCCCAAACAGAAAUGUUCGACUCUGUAUGAUUAUUUCUCUCAGUUGUUGGAAGAGCACGGCCCCUUGGAUAUGAGUGACAGGAUGUUCUCUGAGGAAUAUGAGUUCUUCCCUGAAGAAACUCGACAGAUACUGGAGAAGGCAGGAGGGCUGAAGUCGUUCCUCCUGGGCUGUCCUCGAUUUGUUGUGAUCGACAACUGCAUUGCAUUGAAAAAAGUUGCCUCAAGACUCAAGAAAAAAAGAAAGAAGAAAAACAUGAAAGCUAAAGUUGAAGACAUUUCAAAAACAGGAGAAUAUUUACGAGUUAAACUACCACUAAAUCCAACUGCUAGGGAAUUUCAACCAGAUGUAAAGUCUGAAGCACUGUCUGAGGAUGUGAAGUCCAUACCAGGACCUGCCGACUCCUCAACCCUAGCUGCGGAGGAUCUGAAGGCCCAGCUGGACUCUGAUAGCUCUUCUGGGUCAGCUUCGGAGGACAGCAGACUGGAAGUGGCCUCUCCUGACUCUCCUACACCACUCUGUGAGGAUGCUUCUCCUUCCCCCACGCCAGCUCCUGAAGAAGCCAAACCAACAUACUGGGCUCAAUCACACUUGGUCACAGGAUUCUGCACAUACCUUCCUUUUCAAGGAUUUGGCAUCACCCAGCGACCAGCGUACAUUAACAUGGUACCUAGCCUGUCGCAGUUCACUAGCAUUUACACACCUUUGGCCAACAUUUCUUCUGAGUAUCCAAUGCAAAGAUCCAUGCCAGUGGUGCCAUCUUUUGUAGCCAGCAACAGAGCAGAUGAAAAUGCCGCUGCAUACUUUGAGAGUCCUAAUCUGAAUACUGAGCACGACUCUGGUGACCACAUGGCCUCUGAAACACAGAUCCUGGAGGAUACUUUGGGAGUGUGUGUCAGGUCCCAGGGCAGCGCAGCUGAUGCUGAUCCAGCUCUGAGUGAGCCUGAGGGAAACAGCGAACACAGUGGGAGCUCUGACAGCCUGUGGGAAGCUUCUCUAGAAAAUGUCAGUGGAACAACAGAUGCUCCAGCUGCUCCAUCGGUUGCCAUACAGGUGUCUAGGAGCAUGGUACAUCAGGAAGUCAACACUGAGCCGUAUGAGCCGUUUGAAACACAGCAGGGGGACCUUUCCCAGAAGGAAAAGGAGUGCCACCUACUCAGAGAGCAGCUGAAGGUAGCAUGUGAGAACUGCGAGCAGAUAGAACUCAGGAGCUCACAAGAGAUCAAGGACCUGGAGGAAAAGCUGCAACGGCACACAGAGGAAAACAAGAUCUCAAAGACGGAAUUAGACUGGUUCCUCCAAGAUUUGGACAGAGAGAUUAAAAAGUGGCAACAAGAGAAAAAAGAAAUCCAAGAAAGAUUAAAAGCCCUGAAGAAAAAAAUUAAAAAGGUUAUCAAUACCAGUGAAAUGCCUGCCCAGAAAAAUGAUGGAUUCGAUAAGGAAUGUGAACCACAUCCGGACCAGUCCCUUGGAUUCAGCAGUGCACUCACAGAUGAGAAGACAAAAGUAGAAGAGUCUGUCAGGAAAGGGAAAGAGCUCUAUGAAGAGAGUCACCAGAGAGCCGUGGCUGCAGAGGUAUCUGUUCUUGAAAACUGGAAAGAGCGAGAAGUGUGCAAACUACAGGGUGUGGCGUCACAAUCAGAAGCCUAUCUUAAAAGCCUCAAGCUGAUGAGCAGUGAUUCUGCAACGUAUCCCGAUGUGGAGUAUGAUAUACUUUCAUGGGAGUCAUUUCUUUCUACUGUAAGAGAAGAGAUCGAGAGCAAAAAGUCUCAGUUUGAAGAGCAUAUUAAGGCCAUUAAGAAUGGUUCUCGACUCAGUGACCUUUCCAGUGUGCAGCUUUCUGAGGUUUCAUUUCCUGGUUGUUCGACGAUCCAUCCUCAGUUCCUCUCUGAGUCUUCAGGCCAUGAGGAUCCCGGACUGGUGGCUUGUGUAGACAGCAUGACUGGAGCAGUCCUCAAUGAUCCUUACAUGGACUCUGCUAGUGGCUGCCCAGAGGAGGUUCCAGAACUGUCGCUGGGAUCACCCACCCAUCAGCCAGAAGUUACUCAACAGCUUGAGCUCAAGGGGGCUAGCCAGGUGUCUCCAUCAGAACAGAGCCCUGAGGCCGACGAGAAACUAUCUGGACAGGCUACUCGGUCAAGCCAGUCUCCAAAAAAGCCUUCCAACAGUAUUAUUGAACACCUGUCAGUGAUAUUCCCAUGUUAUACCAGCACUGAGCUUGCUGGGUUUAUUAAGAAAGUUAGAAACAAAACCAAGAACUCAUUCUCGGGAUUAACUAUUGAGGAGAUUGUGGAGAAAGUGACAGAACACAUUGUCGAUGAGCAAAAGAAGAAAAAGCCAAAUCCAGGAAAAGACAAGAAGACAUCUGAGGCUCAUUCGGCUGCCUCUGUGGCCAAGUCCUCCCAGAGUCCACCCUUGGCAGCUGCUGGACCAUCAGCUAGAACCAAAGGCCAGAAAAAAGAUGAUGUCCCUGCACCAGAUGGAAAUUCCUGUGAGAUAUGCCAUGAAAUAUUCAAGUCAAAAAACAUGCGUGUGCUAAAAUGUGGGCACAAGUUUCACAAAGGGUGCUUUAAGCAGUGGCUGAAAGGGCAGAGCACGUGCCCCACCUGUGGCAGCAGUGACCUGCUGUCAGAAGAGUAACUGUUGCACCAUCGUCACAGACCCAGCCCAGGAGAAGAUGGGAACCUCCUUCCUGUUGCUGUAGGUAGUCACUCCUCACUAAUGCACCAUGCACUUCAUGAGUUAAAGAACAACAGUGUCCUGUUACCAGUGUAAAAACAGCAAACAUGGAAGCUCUCACACUGUGCAUCACAAAGCUAACAAAUGGAAAUCUGAAUUGCAGUCUGUCCCAGGUUCCAGGCAGGUGACAGCCAUGUGUGUCUGCAAUGCUGUCACCAUGGUCCUGCACUGUCGUGGCUGCUGCAGGAUACUCUGAGAUGAGCAGGUUCUUUGGAAAGAACUGCUGAGCUCCUCAAAGCAGUGCUGAGAUUGUAAAGGCUCUCAGCCUCCUCAGUUCCUCAUGUGGCACUGUAGCAUCCCCGUCAUAAAUUUUUAAAGUGCUUAUGAUUCAAUUAAUCUACAUUUUGGUAAUCAAUUAUAAAAUACUUUUUAAAUUAGUAUUGGCUAUUUUUUUUUUUUACCCUGGGAAGAUGCUGUCUGCUCACAGGAGUCCCACACUUGGCACUUACACUAAGGUUACCAUGUAAGUCUCAUGAGUCAGCAGUGCUUGGAAGUGCACAGCUGGCUAGUGCUGAAAACAGGACAUAGUGCCCAGCGCAGGGCAGCCACCCUCACCCUCCUUCCUUAUCCUUCCACCAGAAGAGAAAUGUACCACAGUCCUGAUGUGUUGGUGUUAACAUUGUUCUGUUUGACUUUUGUGUAAAGUAAUGCAUGCAAUCUUGUAAUGUGGCCUGAAAACAAGCUAACUGUAUUAGAAACUAUUCAAAAACUAGGUAUUUUUAGUGACCUGUAGGCAGUGGCAAAUACAGACAUGUGAACCUUGAAUACAUUACAUUUCUCUCAAACACAAAGAAACAAACAAAAAACUUUUCCAGCGUGUUCUCUGCUGCCCUGGAGAUGCCGUCACCUUCCACCCGUGUCUGUGUGAGUUGUGGUGUCUUAGUGACUUAGUAUGUAGCUCACUCCUUAUUCUGAGACAUUGUCUGUGGUGUCCCUGAAACAUGGUGUCCAUGCUGUAACAGUGGAGUGCAGUACAUGCCUGAGUACACACAGCAGCUUAUAGUAUCUGUCGGGUACAAAGAAGAGUAGCUGUUGAGACAGAGAGCUGUGCUUCGUGUCAGAGCCUGUGAACAUGCCUUACACUUGUCCAGUAACUGUCAAUAAAGAACAUUAUAAAAGGUCA